GCGGAAGCCGUUUUGGGAAACGGAAAAGCCCAGAAGCGGGUUCCCAGCUGCUGGCUGGGGAAUCUGUACUGGGUUCUUUUGAGUGGGAGGGUCUAGGGCCGUAUUUUCUGCUGGUGCUGCCGCCACCUCCCAAGGUAGCAGAGCUGAGACUUCGCCGUGCUGCACCCCCAGUUUGGUCUUGAAGAGAAAGAAUUGCUCAAGGCAUUCGACCCACAGUUUGAACACAUAAUUGGGCUUGGACUUCAUUCCAUUCACUAAUUGGCCUGACUUACUAAUGAGCAUUUAUUGGAGGCCCAUUCUGCUCCAGGCAAUGUGCUGGUUAUUCUUCAAGAACUCAGGCCUGUAUUAGAGAAAGAGUUGUGAACAGAUAAAUUAUGGAUAGGAUCCUAAGACAGCAGACCCGAUGCACCCUUCUACAGCUGACUGCACCCUGCAUUAGAAAGAGGUCCAGGGAUGAUAUAUUUGGGGAUUAUGUUUCUCUCCCCUGGAAUUCAUGCAGUUCAUUCCAGAAACAUUGACCCUCUGCUUGUGUGACACACCUUUCCUGAAGAUCUGAUGGACAGACACUUUCUGUUGACCUUGCAGCUGUUUUUUCAUGUGGAAGUUGGAAGACAAGGUGAAAGUGGCCGAAAGGUACCUGCUUUGGUGAAUAGACGUGCUCCCCUUGGUUCUUAGAACAUGGGCCCUCGUUUAAAGCUGCAGCUGUGAUCCUCGGCUGUCUGUUGGCACUGAAGGGACCUGAUGUUUUACGUUAUUGGUGGCAUCACAGUGUCUGUGGUUGCAUUCUUCUUCACAAUUAAGUUCCUCUUUGAGCUUGCCGCACGUGUAGUCAGCUUCCUCCAGAAUGAGGACCGUGAGCGCCGAGGGGACCGGACUAUAUAUGACUACGUGCGGGGAAAUUACCUGGAUCCCCGGUCUUGCAAAGUCUCCUGGGAUUGGAAGGACCCCUAUGAGGUGGGCCACAGCAUGGCCUUCCGAGUGCAUUUAUUCUAUAAGAACGGGCAGCCCUUCCCUGCACACCGGCCCGUGGGACUAAGAGUCCACAUCUCUCAUGUUGAGCUAGCAGUGGAAAUUCCAGUGACCCAGGAAGUCCUCCAGGAGCCCAGUUCCAAUGUGGUCAAGGUGGCCUUCACUGUGCGCAAAGCUGGGCGGUAUGAAAUCUCAGUGAAGCUUGGUGGAUUAAACGUGGCCUAUAGUCCCUACUACAAGAUUUUUCAGCCUGGAAUGGUGGUUCCUUCCAAGACCAAAAUCGUGUGUCAUUUUUCUACCCUGGUGUUGACCUGUGGGCAGCCUCACACUCUUCAAAUAGUGCCCCGAGAUGAGUAUGACAACCCUACCAACAAUUCCACGUCCUUGAGAAAUGAGCACAACUACAGCCUGUCCAUUCAUGAGCUUGGUCCUCCAGAAGAGGAGAGUACCGGUGUCUCAUUUGAGAAGUCAGUGACGUCCAACCGGCAGACCUGCCAGGUGUUCCUGCGGCUCACCUUGCAUUCUCGAGGCUGCUUCCAUGCCUGCAUCUCAUACCAAAACCAGCCAAUCAACAAUGGUGAAUUUGACAUCAUUGUCCUAAGUGAGAAUGAGAGGAAUAUCGUUGAACGCAAUGUGUCCACCUCAGGAGUGAGCAUUUAUUUUGAAGCUUAUCUGUAUAAUGCUGCCAACUGCACCAGCACGCCGUGGCACCUUCCACCCAUGCACACGAGCUCUGCCCAGCGCCGGCCCUCCACAGCUCUGGAGGAGGAAGAUGAAGACUCAUCCUCUGAGUGUCACACCCCUGAGAAGGUGAAGAAACCGAAGAAGGUGUACUGCUACGUGUCACCAAAGCAAUUCUCAGUGAAGGAGUUCUACCUGAAAAUCAUUCCCUGGCGCCUUUACACCUUCAGGGUGUGCCCUGGAACCAAAUUUUCAUACCUUGGCCCUGACCCUGUCCAUAAGCUGCUCACCCUUGUGGUGGAUGACGGCAUUCAGCCUCCGGUGGAGCUCAGCUGUAAGGAGAGAAACAUCUUAGCGGCCACGUUUAUCCGCUCGCUCCAUAAGAACAUAGGAGGCUCCGAGACCUUUCAGGACAAGGUGAACUUUUUCCAUCGAGAGCUUCGGCAGGUGCAUAUGAAAAGACCACAUUCUAAAGUCACCCUGAAGGUCAGCAGACAUGCCUUGUUGGAAUCAUCUCUGAAAGCCACUCGGAAUUUUUCCAUCUCAGAUUGGAGCAAGAACUUUGAAGUGGUUUUUCAGGAUGAAGAAGCUCUGGACUGGGGAGGGCCUCGUCGGGAAUGGUUUGAGUUAAUCUGCAAAGCACUAUUUGACACCACCAAUCAGCUCUUCACCCGAUUCAGUGACACCAACCAAGCAUUAGUGCAUCCCAACCCUAAUCGCCCCACUCAUCUGCGCCUAAAGAUGUAUGAGUUUGCAGGGCGCCUGGUGGGCAAGUGUCUCUAUGAGUCCUCUCUAGGAGGAGCCUACAAGCAGUUGGUCCGAGCUCGCUUUACCCGUUCUUUCUUGGCCCAAAUCAUAGGACUACGUAUGCAUUACAAGUAUUUUGAAACAGAUGACCCAGAAUUCUACAAAUCUAAAGUUUGUUUCAUCCUCAACAAUGACAUGAGUGAGAUGGAGCUGGUCUUUGCAGAAGAGAAAUACAAUAAAUCAGGUCAAUUGGAUAAGGUUGUAGAACUUAUGACAGGUGGAGCUCAAACCCCUGUCACCAACGCGAAUAAGAUCUUCUAUUUAAAUUUGCUGGCCCAGUAUCGACUGGCCAGCCAAGUGAAAGAGGAGGUGGAACAUUUCCUAAAAGGCCUGAAUGAGUUAGUCCCUGAAAACCUCUUGGCUAUUUUUGAUGAGAAUGAGCUUGAGCUGCUGAUGUGUGGGACUGGGGACAUCAGUGUGUCUGACUUCAAAGCCCACGCAGUGGUCAUUGGUGGCUCGUGGCAUUUCAGAGAAAAGGUCAUGAGGUGGUUUUGGACCGUGGUUUCCAGUCUGACACAGGAAGAGUUGGCUCGGCUGCUGCAGUUCACCACAGGCUCCUCUCAGCUGCCACCCGGAGGCUUUGCUGCCCUCUGUCCCUCCUUCCAGAUUAUCGCGGCCCCGACCCACAGCACGCUCCCAACUGCACACACGUGUUUCAACCAGCUGUGCCUCCCUACGUAUGACUCCUACGAAGAGGUGCACAGGAUGCUGCAGCUGGCCAUCAGCGAGGGCUGCGAGGGCUUCGGCAUGUUCUGACCGCUCUCCCUGCCGUCUGCUUGGCUCCCGUGGCUUCCCGGAGCCUCCAGGCGGCGCGCGCCACAGACGCGACCGCUGACCCCGACAGACACAGAACCAUCAGCCAGAAGCUGCCGCGUGCCCCCCCAGCGUGUGGAGGAGUCGGUCACCUCCCAGCCUCCUCCUUCCCUCGCCCCCUCCCUUCCCGCCUUCCCCCCACGGGCCCCUCUGGCAGGUCCCUAGCCUGAGCAAGUGGCUCAGUCACAGGAGGAGGGUGGGGGCCCGCUGCGCUCGCCCUUGGUUCUCAGAGGAGCUCAGAGGCGGGAGCUGCCUCAGCCGCUUUGCGACACGGAGGCUCGGCCUUUCUGGGAGCGCUGGGGUCCUCGCCUCGCUCAGCCUCCUCUGCUGAUGCUCCGCAGGGGUUCCCUCCAUGUCCCCUUGACCCAGAGUCUGUGAGUCCUUCUCGGGGACAGGUGACUGUCUGCUCGCCAGGAGGAGCACAGACCGGAGGUGGCCCACGGCGACAGACAGACUUCAGCUUUGUCCCUCUGCACGACGGCCGGUGCAGGCACGGGACUAGCUCACGUGGUUACUGAUAGUACCAAAGGGUCCUUUUUUUUUGUGGUGUCAGAACUGGAAAAGGAGCUUUUCCCUGCAAGCGUUUGCAGAAAUGAUCAUUUAAUUCAUAAAGAAGAACUCCCUAGUAAGCUUUUUUUUUUUUUUGAGUAUAAUAAACCUGUGAGACAGACCUAAGAAUGUGAAAGCUAGCCGGGCUGUAGCCGCCAGUGCUGAAGGCGAUUCUCCUUUAGGGUUGUCGGGCAUUUCUUGGCAUGUGACUGGCUUGAAGACGACUGAUGCUUGUCCCUGAGUUUGUUCUUUACACUGAGGUGUGGCUGGGCCUGGCUCCUCACCUCCAACUUGUGCUGUCUGCUGAGAGCUGGGCAUUCUUUAGGUUUCCACUGAAGAAAAUUUUGGAGCAAGAAAUUAGGAUGGUUUGAUAGCAUGCCACUGGUCCCUGGUUCUCGCUGCUUGGUGUUCCCUGGCAGCACUGAGGCAAGGGAGAAGGGAUCAGUAAUUGCUUCUCAGAGGUCCUUAGGGUCAGGACACAAGGGACACACAUCGAGGAGCUGUGUCAGACGAUAAACGCCUCGCUGCCCCAGUGACUUCUGUCACUCCCUCAGUUACCAGCAAGGGCACCUCAGGAGGGAGGAAGACACACUAGGUUCACUAUGACGUGAUUGAAGAGAGCCUGCAGCUGUUUCUUGGAAGAUGACAGCAACCUUUGCCAUUAACGAUUUGAAUGAAGACAUUUUCAAGACUCAGAAUCUCAUCGAAUUCUGAAGUUUCUGUUUCUAAGAAGGCUUUGCUGCAAGCGACCAUUCCCAAUGGGGCAUUCGACUCUGAGAACAUUAACAAGCCAUCUUUAUUGCCAAAACCAGCAAGUACAAAGAGUCCAGAGAUGAGGCAGGACUUGAGGCCAUGCCUUGGCCUGCUGGAAGCACGUCUGAGCCCUCCUGUUCCCAGGGAUCACGAGGAACAAGCCUUUCUGAGCUGCUACAGUUCCUGCCUGACCUCACUCCUUCGCAGUUGUCAUUUGUCCUUGGCAUGGGUGCUGAAUGCUGACCUCACUCACCCUUGGGGUCCAGGGUCCAGCAUUGGGGCCCUCUCGACCCCAGGUCCUCCACGCCACACGGUCACUGCUCUCCUCAGGGACCAGGACAAGGUGCUGCCCCAUGGGAUAUGUACAGGCAAGUUUCAUCAUCCCCCUGGGAAGCAUGAUGCCGCCCUUUGGGCCCAGAGAGGGAUUCCAGCUCGGGCACGUGGGCUGGCUCUGCUGUCUUUGGCCGUUGUUCCUCUUCCAAACCCUGUGCUCCCCCGCCCCUCCAGAGACUGAUGCUGGAGCGCGAGUUGAUUUUCUUGGCUCGAUCUGUCCUUUCUGAGCUCUAGUCAUAGCACGUUUCAGAGCAUCCUGGGUACCAUGGCAGCGCAGCUGCAGCCUGCAGUGGUCCUUAGCCCCAGGGUCUUUGUUUCACAAAACCGAUUGGUACUGUUGUGGUUUUGUAUUCUUUGAGUGUUCUCUCUCUCUCUCUCUCCUAACUAUUCAAAAGUAUCUUUGCUCUUUUGCCCUUUCCUUUGACCUUCUUUUCUAAUCCUGCUUUGGAAUUAGCCGGUGUGGGGAGACGUACACCAUGUCAGAGAGAAGAAAGAGUGCCUGUUACUCGAAGUGUUUCCUAUUCACGUUUCUUAUUUUGGUCAGUUCUUUUAUUUAUGCCCUUGUGGCCCAGGUACUUGGGCGGCCAGCUAACCUCCUGGCUAGUGAAGGAGACCAGGCACCAAGUGAACACCAAGGAAAGUGUUGGUGUGUUUCUAGAACUCCAGCAGAGACCAAGCCCUGCUGCAAAUUUGUCAGGCCAGACCAAAGGGCCACACAGUUGCAGCAGUAGUGUAAAUAUUUUGUACAGUGAAUAAAUGAAUGUUUAAAAGGACUAAGAAGCAAGUGACUGCUGUAUGUGAUGAUUCAGGGCUUAACUUGGAGGUGGGGAAGGAAAAGAAAAAUGUAGAAAUGUUUUUGCAUUUCACCAGUAACCCUUCAGAAACAGUCAGCUUGGGAUAGAAUGGACUCCCGGAGCCCUGGCCUGGUCCAGACCUGCCAGCCCUCUCACCCUUCCUGGAUUGCUGUCCGUGGUGCCCCGCAGGGCCUCGGUGCCUCCUUGCACAGAGAGCCAACAGCUGGGACAAGUGCUUGUACUCAGCUCCAGGGGGAGAGACCAGUUUGGCAAAAACAGAGGAUGUCUGUUCUCAUCAGUCUUCUCAAUGUUAAUUCGUUGUUUUACUGCAUAAGAAACUCAAUGUAGAAAAUUUGGAAAUUAAAAAAAAAGUACAAGAAAAUAAGUUACUUGCCAUCCAGAGGGAAGAACACUUUGGUGGGUGGUCUUAUUUGCAUAUAAUUGCACAUGUAUUUCUCAAUGUCCCCGCAACCCUUGACUCUCCCACAAGUGCUUUGAGUGUGGCAAAAAAAAAAAAAAAAAAACCUGCUCCUCAAAAGUUUUGGGGUGGCAGGUGGGAUGACUUCUUUUUCCAACGAUAGAUAAGCUUGGCAGAGAAAACCAGGCCUCUGAUACAGGCCUUGUAGGAGAAAUGUUAGGGACCCUGGCUUUCUUGGGGAAGUGAGCAUGUUGUCUUUGACAUUGCCCAUUCUGGAAAAUCAAAACAAAUUCCCCUUUAUAAUUGUGUUUUGUUUUGUUUUUGUUGUGUUUUGCUUGUUUUGUCUUUUUGGCCACGCUGCAUACCUUGCAGGAUCUUAGUUACUCAAGCAGGGAUUGAACCCAAGACCCAGCAGUGAAAGCACCAAGGCUUAACCAUUGGACUGCUAGGGAAUUCCCCUGUAAUUGUUCUUAAAAUACAGAUUUUUUUUUUUUUUCCUUUCUGCCCCCACCUCCCAGACUCAGCAAAUUGGAAUCUUAACUUGAAAAUUACUCCUUUAGAGUGCAUUCAAUCUACUCCCACCUCAUCAAGCUCUCCUGAGUAGUAUGAGAUGUCUUAAACACACAAAACAAAAUUCUCUCCCUCUAGCUUUACACUUCUAGGUUAUUUAACCGUCUUAAAUCUUUUAUACUUGCUGCUCUUGUGGCUUUGAUGAACAUUCAUCACUGAGUGAUUUCAUCCCUUCAUGAAGUUAUUCAUAAGACUCAAGAGGCUGGUAGAAUUGUUCUUGAAUUAACACAAUAAAAUACUGCCUUCAGCUUCUCAUGCAGUGUUACCUCUGAGCCAUAGCAGCUCGAGCUCUGAGACCUCUGCCCAGCCACACUUCUCUUAAGAAACAGUGGAGGUUCUCCAGGUGGCUUGACCAGAGGGCUCCUUACCUCUGCUUUGAUUUCACUUAGACCCUCAAGCAUAACAGACCAGCUCCAGGUAUCCUGUAAUAUACUUUCAUUUAAAAAUGAAUAAUUCCUCUUUUAUUUGGAGGUGAACAUAUAUACCAAAAAAGCAUACAGCAUAUACACUUUAACAAAUAAUUAUAAGAGAAGUGCAUAUGCAACCAUCAUCCAGGAAAGAAAGAAAGUGCAUUACAGCACUGCAGAGCAAUUACCUCACCCUUCCGGAGGUAACUGUUUUUCUGACUUUUAGAAUACUUUUUUCACCAAUUCCCUUUUCAAUGAACCUGUCCCAAAAAUCACAGUGGCGGGGUGGGGAGGGAAUGAGCCCAUGUGGUCCCUUGAUAAGAUGCUAACUAGGGUCAGUUUCUCCAGUUAGUUUAAAAAGUCAUCUGAAACCAUCAUUGCCUCAUGAGAAUCUAGCUCAGAUUCCUGAUGCUGAAUGUGAUGAAUCAGUCAUAUUCAAAGACUGUCAGUUCAGUUGCUCAGUUGUGUCCAACUCUUUGCAGACCACAUGGACUACAGCAUGCUAGGCUUCCCUGUCCAUCACCAGCUCCUGGAGUUUACUCAAAACUUAUGUCUAUUGAGUUGAUGAUGCCAUCCAACCAUCUCAUCCUCUGUCGUCCCCUUCUCCCACCUUCAAUCUUUCCCAGCAUCAGGGUCUUUUCAAAUGAGGCAGCUCUUCACAUCAGGUGGCCAAAGUAUUGAAAAAGACAUCUGGAAAAGACCCAUUUUCACUCCAUCUGACCAUCCAAAUUUCCAGAUAUGAUGCAUCAGUUCUUCAGCACUCAGCUUUCUUUAUAGUCCAACUCUCACAUCCAUACAUGACAACUGGAAAAACCAUAGCUUUGACUAGACAGAUCUUUGUUGGCAAAGUAAUAUCUCUGCUUUUUAAUAUGCUGUCUAGGUUUGUCAUAACUUUUCUUCCAAGGAGCAAGCAUCUUUUAAUUUCAUGGCUGCAGUCACCAUCUGCAGUGAUUUUGGAGCCCCCCAAAAUCAAGUCUGUCAGUGUUUCCAUUGUUUCUCCAUCUAUUUGCCAUUAAGUGAUGGGACUGGAUGCCAUGAUCUUAGUUUUCUGAAUGUUGAAUUUUAAGCCAACUUUUUCACUUUCCUCUUUCACUUUCAUCAAGAGGUUCUUUAGUAGUUCUUCACUUUCUGCCAUAAGAGUGAUGUCAUCUGUAUUAGUUCUUUGCUUUCUACCGUAAGAGUGGUGUCAUCUCUAUAUCUGAGGUUAUUGAUAUGUCUCCCAGUGAUCUUAAUCCAGCUUGUGCUUCAUCCAGUCCAGCACUUCUCAUGAUGUACUCUGCAUAUAAGUUAAAUAAGCAGGGUGACAAUAUACAGCCUCAACGUAUUCCUUUCCCGAUUUGGAACCAGUCUUGUUCCGUGUCCAGUUCUAACUAUUGCUUCUUGACCUGCAUACAGAUUUCUCAGGAGGCAGGUUAGAUGGUCUGGUAUUCCCAUCUCUUGAAGAAUUUUCCAUAGUUUGUUGUGAUCCACAUAGUCAAAGGCUUUGGCAUAGUCAAUAAAGCAGAAAUAGAUGUUUUUCUGGUAUUCUCUUGCUUUUUUGAUGAUCCAGUGGAUGUUGGCAAUUUGAUCUCUGGUUCCUCUGGCUUUUCUAAAUCCGGUUUGAAUAUCUGGAAGUUCAUGGUUCAUGUACUGUUAAAGCCUGGCUUGGAGAGUUUUGAGCAUUACUUUGCUAGCGUAUGAGAUGAGUGCAAUUGUGCGGUAGUUUGAGCAGUCUUUGGCAUUGCCUUUCUUUGGGAUUGGAAUGAAAACUGACCAUUUUCAGACAUUUGACCAUCCAAAUUUCCAGAAAUUUGACCAUUUCAGAGACCAUCAAGUCUCUGCAAAGUUUCCCCCAGAUAGUCUAAAUUGGAUAAUUUAUUCAGGAUGAAGCCUGUGGAUGUGGUUGCUACUUCUUUGGAGUCCCAGUUAGCAGGCCAGUAUGGCCUUUAUGGUCUUUGAUGGCCAUGAAUGCCUUAAACUAUGUUUGGCUGGCCAACUAGGCAACUUUCUGAGUGAGCAAGGUCUUAGGACUUCAUCUCUUAAGGGUGAUUCUAGGAAGAAGUCAGUCUUGGACAACUCAAGGAGCUAGGCAAAGAUACAAAUUUCUUUUCUAAAUGGUGUGUCCUAGACCAAGUGGCUCUUCCUGACACUGGGAACCUACUUGUAUUCUAUGUUUCUGACUCCAGCGCUCCUGGGCCUCCAGCCUCCCCUGUGGGAGAGGCCUCUCCUGACAUUUGGCCUUUUCUCAAAGAAGAUGCCCAUGAAUCCUUUUGCAUCAAGUGUGCAGAAUGGAACCCUCAAAAGAGUAGAGAGCCAUGAACUGAUUUUAACUCUCAUGGUUCAACUUUGGGCAAGACAGUCUUUUAACAUUAGUUUUCUGACUUGCAAAAUGAUGCUGUUAACUAAAGGAAAUUGACUAAUAACUUGGAGCCCUUGGAAAAAAGUUUUCCUACAUAGGUGUGUGAGAUACCAUAUUGAUUACAGCUCAGUUCAGUUCAGUUGCUCAGUCAUGUCUGACUCUUUGCGACCCCAUGGACUGUAGCACGCCAAGCUUCCCUGUCCAUCACCAACUCCCAGAGCUUGCUCAAACUCAUGUCCAUUGAGUUGGUGAUGCCAUCCAACCAUCUCAUCUGCUAUUGUCCCCUUUUCCUUCUGUCUUCAAUCUUUCCCAGCAUCAGGGUCUUUUCCAGUGAGUCAGUUCUUUGCAUCAGCUGACCAAAGUAUUGGAGUUUCAACUUCAGCAUCAGUCCUUCCAAUCGAUAUUCAGGAUUGAUUUCCUUUAGGGUUGACUGGUUGAAUCUCCUUGCCAUCCAAGGGACUCCCAAGAGUCUUCUCCAACACCAUAGUUCAAAAGCAUCAAUUCUUCAGAUUUGAUUACAGCUCAGGGCCCUUGUAAUUGCCAGACUAGGAGGUGAUACGGAUCUGGGGGCAGCAGGGGAUGCUAAAGUGGAUGACUAGUAUAGGGUGGGGCUCUUGUCCCACCUUGCCAUGUCCAGGCAGGCCAGAGAGAAUGGGUGUUCAGGACACCUAGUCCACACACCUGUGGGACGAAGACCCCAGGUCACAAGAGACCUCCUAUCUCUCCUUCAUAUGAACCUCCAAAGGCCAAAGGAAGUAUCUGAGAGGACUGCAUCUCAAACCACGUUCUGUGGUAGGCGACCUAAUCCCUUUGGCUUUCUUUAACUCACUGAUGACUGAAUCAUGAAGGCAGCGUCCAUUUUUUGAGCUCUCCCUGACACUUGGAGCUUUAACAUAUCUUGUCUCAUGUUAACAACCCUGCGAGGUGAGUUGUUUUCUCCAUGCUACGCGAAGCAGCUGAGGCUCAGAGAAGACAAGUAGCUGCCAGGGUUCCUUAGUAAGUGGCAGAGCAGUGUUUGAACAUGGGUCUGUUUCAUAUCAAAGCCCAAACUCUUUCCAUGUGGCGGGUUUGUGUCGAGCUUACACUAAGGUUAGCUUAGACUGAGAAACAACCCAGUCACCAAGCCACCUGUCUGUGUUCACUGAUCGUGUCUCACAUACACUUGGUGACACUGUGUGACAGAUGAACACUUUGUACUUUGUUUACUUGCCAGUUGUCUGAGGAUUUGGGAUUUCUGAGGAGAAGACCCUAUUGAUUCAGCAGAACUUCUGAGAUUCAGCUAUUGGCAGUAGCUUUAAAAUCUUUUGUGUUUGAAAGUUCCAUAGAAUACCAACUAAUGACUUGAAUGAAGUGACUUCCAAGUUUAAAGGAAUCUUGCAUAAAGUAUACAUGACACUCAGGAGGCUAUAACUGAAGAAGAAAAGCCUGAAAUUUUAAUAUCCCCACUUUGGAUGAAAAUCCAUCGAUUGCACGCAAAUGAAAUGUUAGAAUGAGGUCAGACAUGGUACACCAUACCCUGAUGUUUAUCUCUUGGUAACAAAGUCUGCAGAAAAAGACUCAUUUAAAUCUUUUGUCUCUAAACUCCCCUUACAUGAAACACAGCACUGUUCGGCAAAGGCCAAAUCUCUGGUGGUUAUCUUGCAGAGGAAGCAAACAUUUUCAAGAAUGCCAGAGUUAAAGGGAGACACACACCUCAAACAAGACAGAUUCUAUUGGGACUCUAAGCACAGUAUCUUCUGCCGGGUGAGGGAUCCUGUACCUUUAGGUCAGGUUUCAACCUGACCUGAGGUCACUGUUUCAACCACUGCCAUGUCAUCUGCAUUAUGGAUUUGCACACAGAGAAGUUUCUGAAUCUUCUCAUCUUUUGAUGGAACAACAAUGCUCGCUCUCUACUCAGAACUCCCACUCCAAAGAGUUGCCAAGACAUUUUUCUAUUUGCCCAUAGAAGAAUGUCUUGGGACAGAGUCAGGGAUAGCAGUAUCUGAAAGCCAGCUGGAGAGCCUUUGAUGAUUUUCAUGUUAUGUUGAAAACAAAAUGUUGUGUUAUUGUGUGAGAGGAAGAUUAUGUGUGUUGUCAUUUUGUGCUAGUUCUCAUAAAUCCUGGGUCUAAUUCUACA